CGUACGCACCAGAGAGAUCUGAAAAGGAGGACAGAGAGCCUGAAGAAGUGACGAGGACGGACGUGGAGUUCGAAGCUCCUGUGUUAGAUGUUGUGUUCCGAUUUGGGGGUGAAGAUGACCAGCCCGUGUCUUCUGCGCGCUGCCCCCAUCAGCCAACCCCGACUCCGGGAGGUCAAGAUCAGUCUGAAGGCCGGGAACCGGGACACCACUGGAAACCGAAGCACCGGAGGAAGCAAGGAGGCCGUCGGCCGGCCCUAUGCUGUCGGCGUGAGCAGCACCAGUCGGAGCAAGAGCACACCACCGGUUCCCAGGGUCCAGCGACCUGAAAGUCGGAAGUCAGUUCGUGGCAGCAAGCAGCAAGAACCAGUGCAUCACCCGGAAAGAAAUGGCACGGUGCAUAUCCCGCUGGCUCCGGUCUCACUGGGCAUCACACCUGUGUCAACGUCCUCCUCCUCCUCGUCCACCUGCACACCUAGACGGCAGCGGCCUUCUCACCUGCAGCCUCCAUCCGCAACCCAAUCUUCCUCCUCCUCUUCUUCCUCCGCCAGAAGUAUGAAACGCUCCCGCUGGUUGAGUUACAGCACCUCCAACAUCUACUUCAACUCCAUCCUGGAUGGACGCUUCAGGCAGCUCCAAGAUGAGCGUGAGGCGGUUCAGAAAAAGACCUUCACCAAAUGGGUCAACUCCAUUCUGUCCCGUGUGGGCUGCCGGAUUUCCGACCUCUACCUGGACCUCAGGGAUGGACGCAUGCUGAUAAAGCUGCUGGAGGUGCUCUCAGGGGAGCGUCUGCCAAAACCCACAAAGGGCAGGAUGCGCAUCCACUGUUUGGAAAAUGUAGACAAAGCUUUGCAGUUUCUCAAAGAGCAGCGGGUCCAUCUGGAGAAUAUGGGCUCGCAUGAUAUCGUUGAUGGCAACCACCGACUCAUCCUUGGCCUCAUCUGGACCAUCAUCCUUCGCUUCCAGAUCCAGGACAUCAUUGUGGAAACGGGCCAAGCAGACCAAAAGGAGACCCGCUCGGCGAAGGAUGCUCUUCUGCUGUGGUGUCAGAUGAAAACUGCGGGAUAUCCCAACGUCAACAUCACUAAUUUCACCACCAGCUGGAAAGAUGGCAUGGCCUUCAACGCUCUCAUUCACAAGCACAGGCCGGAUCUCGUGGACUACACCACCCUGAAGCGCUCCAACCCAACACACAACCUCCAGAAUGCCUUCAACGUUGCCGAACAGCAGCUGGGCGUGACGAAACUUUUGGAUCCAGAAGAUGUCUUCACUGAAAACCCAGAUGAGAAGUCCAUCAUCACGUACGUGGUGGCGUUCUACCAUUACUUCUCCAAGAUGAAGCAGCUGGCCGUUGAGGGCAAGAGAGUAGGGAAGGUUCUGGACCAUGCCAUCGAGACAGAGAAGAUGAUCGACAAGUACGAGACGCUGGCCUCAGACCUGCUGACGUGGAUAGAGCAGACCAUUAUUGUACUGAACAACAGAAAGCUGGCCAACUCUCUGACCGGAGUUCAGCAGCAGCUCCAAGCAUUCAACACCUACCGCACGGUGGAGAAGCCACCCAAGUUCCAGGAGAAGGGAAAUCUAGAGGUUCUGCUGUUCACUAUCCAAAGUCGCAUGCGGGCCAACAACCAGAGAGUGUACACCCCAAAAGAAGGAACUCUAGUAGCGGACAUCAACAGGGCCUGGGAGCGGCUGGAGAGGGCGGAGCACGAGCGGGAGCGGGUCCUGAGAGAUGAGCUGAUCAGGCAGGAGAAGCUGGAACAGAUGGCCAGGAGAUUCGACAGGAAGGCGGCCAUGAGGGAAACCUGGCUGCUGGAGAACCAGAGACUGGUGGCUCAGGACAACUUUGGUUACGACCUCCCUGCAGUGGAAGCUGCCAAGAAGAAGCACGAUGCCAUCGAGACAGAUAUCACUGCGUACGAGGAAAGAGUCCAGGCGCUGGUCAACAUCUCCAAGGAGCUGGAGUCAGAGCGUUACCAUGACUCCAAAAGGAUCGACGUGAGGAAAAACAACGUCCUUCGUUUGUGGGAUUACCUGCAGGAAUUGCUGAAAGCCCGGAGAGGGCGCUUGGACAAGAGCCUGACCCUGCAGAGGAUCUUCCAGGAGAUGCUUUACAUCAUCAGCUGGAUGGAUGACAUGAAGGUUCGACUGUUGUCUCCGGAUUUCGGGAAACAUUUGCUGGAGGUUGAAGACUUGCUCCAGAAACACGCGUUGGUGGAGAAUGACAUUGCUGUGCAGGCAGAGAGAGUCCAGAACGCCAGCGCUGCAGCACUUCAGUUCGCCAACGGAGACAGCUACAAGCCAUGUGAUCCUCAGGUCAUCCAGGACCGAGUCCAACAUUUGGACCUAUGCUACAAGGAGCUCUGUUCCCUGGCAGCCCAACGCAGAGCUCGUCUGGAGCAGUCCCGCUGUUUCUGGAACUUCCUGUGGGAGGUCGCAGAGCUGGAGAGCUGGAUCAAGGAGAAGGAGCACAUCUUCUCCUCACUGGACUAUGGCAAGGAUCUGACCAGCGUGCUGGUCCUCCAGAGCAAGCACAGUGCCUUUGAGGAUGAGCUAGGGGCUCGGCGGGCUAACCUGGAUCAGGCCAUAUCGGAGGGCGAGAAGAUGAUCCAGGCCAAGCACUUUGGUUCCCCGAAAGUUCAGGAACGUAUGGACAGCAUCCUCAGGCAGUGGAAGCUGCUGGAGGAGCUGGCCGCGUUCCGCAAGCAAAACCUCCAGGAUACUCAGAGGUUCUUCCAGUUCCAGGGAGACGCUGAUGACCUCAAGGCCUGGCUGUUGGAUGCCAAGAGACACAUGAGCAACGAAGAUGUUGGCCAUGAUGAGUACACCACACAGAGGCUACUGAAGAAGCACAAGGACCUGAGAAACGAGGCCAUUAAGAAUGGAGCCACCAUCGACGCUCUGUCCAAACAGGCCUUCACUCUGCCAGAGGAGCUGCAGAACACCCCUGAUAUCCAGAGACGUCUGAAGGGCAUCAAGGACCUGUAUAUGGAGCUCAUGGCUCUGGCGGACCUCAGGCAGAAGAAGCUGGAUGACACCAUGGCUCUAUACACCAUCUUCAGCGAGACGGACGCUUGCGAGCUCUGGAUGGGUCAGAAGGAGACGUGGCUGGUGGGAUUGGAUGUGCCGGAGAAGCUGGAGGAUCUGGAGGUGGUUCAGAACCGGUUGAGUAUCCUGACGCAGGACAUGUCCAACGUCCAGAACAGAGUUGACGAUGUCAACAAAGCUGUGAAACAGCUGGAGGACAGCAGACAUCCGAGAACCAAGGAGGUCAAGGACUGUCAGGCACGGCUGAACAAGAGAUGGGAGGCAUUCAAGGCCAUGGUGGAGGACAAGAAGAGGAAGGUGGACUCUGCAGUGAGUUUGCAGAACUACGGGCUGGAGUGUGACGAGACGGAGGCCUGGAUCAGAGACAAGACGCGAGUCAUCGAGUCCACGGCCGACCUUGGCAAUGACCUGGCUGCCGUCAUGACCAUCCAGAGAAAGCUCUUUGGCAUAGAAAGAGACUUGGCUGCCAUAGACUCCAAACUAACCUUCCUGAGAGCCGAGGCGGAUCAGCUGGCGAAGGACCACCCGGAGAAUGCGGAUGAGAUCCUGGCACGCUUGGGAGAAUUGGAUGCCGCCUGGGACAUCCUGAGAAAGACCCUGAAGGACCGAGAGGACUCAUUGGGUGAGGUCAGCAAGCUGCAGACGUUCCUCCAGGAUAUGGACGACUUCCAGUCCUGGCUUUUUAAAACCCAGAAAGCCGUGGCGUCGGAGGAGAUGCCCGCCACUUUGCCUGAAGCUGAGGAGCUGCUCAACCUUCACGAUGCAGUGCGUGAAGAUAUCAACAACCACGAGGAGGACUUCCACCGGGUGAGGGAUACGGGCACUCAGGUCACACAGGGGCAGGAAGAGGAUCCUCAGUAUCAGCAGCUGGAGCAGAGGCUGAACGGACUGGACCGGGGCUGGGAUGAGUUGCAGAAAAUGUGGGAAAGCCGCAAGAACUUCUUGGAUCAGGGCCUGGGAUUCCAGCAGUUCCUGAGAGAUGGGAAAGCUGUUGAGGCUAUUCUGAAUAACCAGGAGUACACCUUAGCCCACAUCGACAGGCCUGAGACUUUAGCUGGAGCAGAACAAGCUCUGAAGAAACACGAGGACUUCACCAGCACCAUGGAGGCAAACGAGGACAAAAUCGACGGAGUUCUGCAGGAGGGUCAGCGACUGGUGGACGGCAACAACCUCUACUCCGGCAGAGUACAGGAGAAAAUGGAGUCCAUCACCGACAGGAAUAACAAAAACAAGAGGAAAGCCCAGGAGGUUUCAGAGAAACUACUGGAUAACCGUGACCUGCAGCACUUCCUGCAGAACACACAGGAUCUGACCGUAUGGAUAAACGAGAAGAUGCUGACAGCUCAGGACACGUCUUACGACGAGGCCAGGAACCUCCACAGCAAGUGGCUCAAGCACCAGGCCUUCAUGGCUGAGUUGGCCUCCAACAAGCACUGGCUGAAUAAAGUGGAUGAGGAGGGCCAGCAGCUGAUGGAGUUCAAGCCUGAGUUUGAGCCCAUCGUGACAGAGAGCCUUGCCAAACUGCAUGAACUGUGGGACAGGCUGGAGUCCACGACCCAGGAGAAGGCACGGCUGCUGUUCGACGCCAAUCGCUCGGAGCUGUUCGACCAGAGUUUGGCCGACAUGAAGAAGUGGCUGUCCGAGUUGCAGCAGCAGCUCUCCAGCGGAGACGAGGAGGUCAGGGAUCUGACGAAUGCCAACAUCCUGCUGAAGAAACACCAGGUGACGGAGAACGAGGUGCGCGAUCGAGCCCGAGAGCUGGAGGAGCUUCAGGAGGCAGUUAGGAAGCACGGCGGGGCGAGAGAGGACCAGCCGCAGCUGGAGGCGGAGCAGCAGGCCCUGCAGACAGAGUUUCAGAGGCUCAUCACACCUCUGGCUCAGCGCAAGGGAAAGCUGGAGGCCGCCAAAGCAGUUCACCAGUUCUACAGAGACCUGGCGGACGAGCUGCUGUGGGUUGAGGAGCGGAUGCCUCUGGCAACAUCUCAGGAGCACGGCCACAACCUUCAGAGCGUGCAGCUGCUGCUCAAGAAGAACCAGACGCUGCAGAAGGAGUUGGAGGGCCACCAUCCUCGGGUGGAUGAAGUUCUGGAGCAAGGACGGAGGAUGGCGGCGGCCGCCGAGGCGGAGGGCGGACCGGACGCCGAGCGGAUCCACGAGCAGGUGAAAGAGCUGGAGGAGGCCUGGGCCAAGCUGCAGGAGGAGCUGGCCAAGCGCAAGGACAGGCUCAACGGAUCCAACCGAGCCCAGCAGUACUUGAACGACGCGGAUGAGGCCGAGGCCUGGAUCGGAGAGCAGGAGCUUUACAUGAUCGCCGACGAGAAGCCAAAGGACGAGCAAAGUGCCAUGUUGAACCUGAAGCGCCACCUGAUCCUCAAACAGGCUGUGGACGACUAUGCCAGCUCUAUUCGGCGGCUAGCGGACCGCGCUCAGAAGAUGUUUGCAGAGGACCAUCCGAACGGUGAGGACAUCAUCAGGCGACAGGGUCAAGUGGACAAGCAGUACGCCGGUCUGCGGGAGCUCGCUGAGGAACGCAGGAAGAAGCUUGACCACACCUACCACCACUUCCAGCUCAGCCGAGAGGUGGAGGACCUCGAGCACUGGAUAGCGGAGCGGGACCUCGUGGCUUCCUCUCAGGAGAUGGGCCAGGAUCUGGACCACGUCAUGCUUCUGAGAGAGAGGUUCCGAGAGUUUGCACGGGAGACCGGCAUGGUGGGGCAGGAGCGCGUGGACCUGGUGAACCAGACCAUCGACGAGCUGAUAGAAGCUGGACACAGUGAAGCCGCCUCUCUGGCAGAGUGGAAGGACGGCAUCAACGACAGCUGGGCCGACCUCCUGGAGCUGAUCGACACCCGAGCUCAGCUGCUCAUGGCCUCUUACGAACUGCUCAAGUACUUUGAUGACGGGAAGGAGCUGGUGGCUCAGAUCCAGGAUAAGCAGAGGGAGCUGCCAGAUGAUUUGGGAGAGGACUUCAGCAAAGCAGAGUCCUUCCACAGAAUGCACGCUGCCUUUGAGAGAGACAUCACUGCCCUGGGCCAGCAGGUUCAGCAGUUUCCUGAGACAGCCGCCAGGCUCCACGCCCAGUACGCCGGGGACAAGGCCGGAGCCAUCCAGGCCACGGAGAGAGACGUCAUGGAAGCUUGGAAGAACCUGCUGGAGGCCUGCGACGGCCGGCGAGCUCGGCUGGUGGACACCGCUGACAAGUUCCGCUUCUUCACCAUGGUCCGGGACCUGCUGGCCUGGAUGGAGAGCAUCAUCCAGCAGAUAGAGACUCAGGAGAAGCCCAGGGACGUGUCAUCAGUGGAGCUCCUGCAGAAGUACCACCAGGGGAUUCGCUCUGAGAUCGAAGCCAGAGGGGCCAAGUUCACCGACUGCAUGGACCUGGGCAAAGCCUUGAUGACUCGGAAACACAAAGACUCAGCCGAGAUCAAGGAGAAGCUGCAGCAGCUGAUGGACAAGAGGAAGGAGAUGAUGUUCAAGUGGGACGACAGAUGGGACUGGCUCCGACUCUUGCUGGAGGUGUGUCAGUUUGCGCGCGACGCCUCGGUGGCUGAGGCCUGGCUGGUGGCGCAGGAGCCGUACGUGACCAGCAGGGACCUGGGACAAACGGUGGACGAGGUGGAGAAGCUGCUCAAGAGACACGAAGCUUUUGAGAAGUCCACCGCCACGUGGGAGGAGCGCUUCUCUGCACUUGAACGCCUCACCACGUUGGAGUUGCUGGAGCUCAGGAGGCAGCAGCAGGACAUGGAAGAGCUCAUGAAAGCCACGCAGAAAACAGAGAAGGACAGCAGCUCCAUCAGGAGGGAGGACACCGGCUUCGCUGAGGAAUCCUUCACCAUGGAGGAGCAGACUCUGUCCGGCGCCGGUGUCGCUGAUCCCAGCUCGGAUCUGCAGGACGGGACGGCGGGUGACUCCACCGUGCCCAUCCAGUCUGUCAUGAGGGAGAGCAGCUCUCUAGACCUGGAGCCCUCCAUCUCUCUGGUGAGCCACAGGGAACCAGAGAGAGCCGCCACCAUGCCGCCCGAGCCUGCCAGAACCAUCCUGCUGGAGGGGACGUUGGGCCGCAAACAUGACGUCGAGGGCUCAGGCAAGAAGGCGGCCAACAGGUCCUGGAACAACUUGUACUGCGUGCUGAAGUCAGCCCAGCUGUCCAGCUACAAGGACAGCAAAAGCUUCAGCCAGGGAGCCACCUACCAUGGCGAGGACCCGCUCAGUCUCAGCGGCGCCACCUGGGAAAUCCUCAACAACUACAAGAAGAAGAAGCACGUCUGCAAACUGAGACUGGGAGAUGGCAGCGAGUAUCUGUUCCAGUUUAAAGACGAGGAGGAGCUGCAGCGCUGGAGCCAGGCCGUGCAGAAGGCCACGGAGCAGACCGCGGACGCUAAAGCCCACAGCCUGCCCGUACCUUCGUCCUCCUCCUCCUCGGCGACUCUCCCCGAGCCGGCCAAGAAAGACAAGGAGAAGAAGUUCAGCCGCUUCGCCAAGAAGAAGUAGAUGAGGAAGAGGCGUAGUAGAUUUGUGGUAGGAGCUUUCUAAACCGUUUUUAUAAGACUAUUUUGGAAGCCUGUAUUUUCGCCCUCGUAUUUGUGUCGUUUUGAAGUAGCAGAAAUGAAAAGCACAGGAAUGCUCCUCUCACUCAACCAAAGAUCGUCGUGGUUACUUUGGCAUGCUGGUGCCACCGCACUCCUCUGCCUUAUCUAAUCCACUGUAAAACUGCGCGGCUGAACACGGAAGCUUCCGUGGGUGAAGAGUGUCCCGGAUACACACACAGGGACAGGAGGGCGGCCAUCUUUUGUAGACGUAGCCAUUUAAGCACAUAUAACCGCUGCAUGCUUUCGUUUGAUGGUGCUAUCGUGAGAUUUUCCCGAGACCAAGAGACACUUUCAGACCUUCAUCUGAGCGAGCGCAGAGGAGCCGGGGUUACCGGCCACAGUGACACGACAGUGUGACCCAAAACAACGCGGGCAGGUGCAGAAAGACCAUCAACUGAAGACAGAAAUCCCACUUUUGUCGGCGACUUUGUGUAAACGUUCUGCACACACACACACACACACACACGUGUUACUGUGACUCACGCGACGCCGCAGCGUCUUCGUCUCUGGUUUUUAUUUAAAUAUGCAUUUUGUACUCUCGGUGUAAAGUUUGUCGACGGGGAAAUGUCAACGCAUUUUGAGAAAGUACAUUUCAAAAUAAACUCCUUGAACUGACUUGAGCUGAGCGUC